AUGCGCUCCAGCGAGGGUCGCGUCCUUGAAACCGCCGACGCGUUCCUGGACGACAAGGCCGAUCGACUCUGGAGGACGCGGUCGGCGGCGCUUCGCGAACUGGCACAGAAGGUUCGAGACGGCACGGAUCUUGUGCUCCUAUGCGCGGGUAGGAUUGAGUCCUGUCACGGCGAUCUGCUGAGGAAGGGGAUCCUGGCCGAAGCGGCGCAGCUCGAGGCCACCAGCAAGAAGAAGCCGCGCUCCGACAAGGGCAAGCCGAGAGGUCCUCGGGGGCCCAGGGCCGACUCGGUGGAGACGGCGGCCCGCAUGGGGGUGCUGUCGACCUUCUACCUCCGGCACGCUUAUGGACGAGACAGCCAGAGGCUGCACGAGGAGAGCGGGGUGCUCCGCGAAUGGGGGGGUGCUGUGCGCGGGGUGCGGUGA